GCGGCGGCGACGGUGGGCCGGUCGGGUCGGACGGUCACACGUGUGACGGCUUAGGUACACACACGCGUUUUAUUAUGUUUAUAUUAUGAUAUUAUGUACGGGCACAAUGGACCGCCGGCAAUACCCUCCGAAGAGACCCUGCGGUCAUCAUUUCACUAUCAUCUUCAGUUCGGUUCGGUCGUGCGCAUCAUACUUUUGUGCGGCAGCAACGUCGCUGUACGAGUUUUCACUGUUAUUUGCGAACGCCGAUCUCCUAUGCGCUAAUAGAUCACGCGGUGCAUUAAUAUAUUGUUUGACCGGGACGACAUCAUAGCUGACCGGCGAAGUGCGUGUCACGUGACUCCGCGAUAGGUAUAAUAAUAAUAUUAUGUUGUAGAUCCGUGUAUCGCCGACUUCGUUUCCGUUCGCUUCCACACGCACAUGGUUUUUUAUGAAAUGACGUCAUCGGGCCCGACUACAUCGUCCGCCGGGGCACACGCAACAGAUACAAUGGUUAUUUUACUAAUGCUGUUGGCUAUGCUACACACCGGAUUGGCAGCAAUCACCGGGUACGAAGAAGUAGAAAAAAAUUUAAUUACAAAAUUAGGUUUAACCCGAAGACCUGUGGUAGAAAAAAAUAUGGAGAUACCGCCUGCCACAAUGGAACUGUAUAAAUCAAUGUUAGAAGAAAACAAUGCAAUGACCACUCAUUUUCCUCUUCCUGGUUUGCACACAAUGUCUGCUAAUACUGCUAGGACUUAUCCCAACAAAGGAUCAGCUCCAAAUAACGCUAAAUCUAAAAAAUAUAGGCUACAGUUCGAUAUAGAUUCUAUACCUGAGCAAGAUCAGGUUAAAGCUGCUGAAGUCCGUUUUACAAUGAUAUACGAUACAGAACUACGAAAUGAAGAAUUUAUUCAUGUGCUCAUACAUGAUAUAGUCCAACCUGGCGCGAAGGGCCUAUCAAAACCUAUUCUUAGAAUUAUCGAUUCGAAAUCAAUUAAUAUGUCAAAAGUCUCAAAAUCAGAAGUCAUCAGUUUUGACGUAACACCUGCUAUAGAGAGACUGUCGAAAAACAAUUUCAAAGAAAACCAUGGCAUGCUAGUACAAUGCGUCACGGAGUCUGGCAGUCAUACACACUUGCUCAGCGUGUUCGAUUUCGUAUCACCUGAAAAGACACUGCUAUUGGUCUACACCGAUGACGGGACAAGCGACGAGAAGGGCACGUUGGAACGGAUUAUGCGGCGGAGCAAACGGUCGGCCGACGAGCCGGGCGGCGGGCCGCCGAAGAGAGCGAAAAAGAAGAAGAUCUGCCAGCGGCACUCGAUGUACGUGGACUUCAAGGACGUCGGGUUCAGCGAUUGGAUUCAGGCGCCGCCGGGUUACGACGCGUUCUACUGCCACGGGGAGUGCGCGUUCCCGCUGGCCAAUCACAUCAACGCGUCCAACCACGCGGUCAUGCAGACGCUGAUGAACUCGUACAACCCGGCGGCGGUACCCCGGGCGUGCUGCGUGCCGACCAAGCUCAGCUCGCAGACGCUGCUCUACGUGGACGACGACGGCAAGUUGGUGGUGAAGAACUACCCGGAAAUGACCGUGGACGAAUGCGGAUGCAGGUGAUGCCGGUCAGGUCACCGUAUACGUAAUGCGACAUUAUUGUGUACAAUAUGCGUACACGCGACGAUCUACAACUGUUGGAUGACGAUUGGCACAUUACGUUAGCGUUUCGGUCCGACGUCGUACGCCGCGUUCUGCCCGGGCCGUGCUGCGAUACACCCGGGCGCGCGUACGUCUCGUAUCCGGUAUCCUGUUAUUAUUAUAUAACGGCGAAACCUUGUCGUCUCGUUUUCGACCAGGAAACGGUCGACGUAUGUACGUGACGUACCACGUUUAACGAAAUUUGCGGAGUGUGAACGCGCGUGUUCUUCGUCAAAGUCAAAAUCGUCUAUUAUAUUAUACAUUAUGUAUAGCGGCACGAACGUUUAAAAAAAAACACCAUUUUUUUCCCGUUUUACCUGGACCGAAAUCGAUUUAAAUAAACGUAUAUUAUGUUACAGUACACAUAACGCACGCGUGUCAAACAUUUUUUUUUUCGCCAAUGACGUGUAAACAAUAAUGUACAUAUAGAAAAAUAAGUGUAAAUACCUGAAAAUGGGCAUAAUUGUAAAAAAUAAAUUAUAAGUCUAGUCCAAAACAAAUACAAUUCAGUUUUGAUUGUGAAUAGUCACGGACGAUUGUAUCUUAGACAUAUUAUGUUUAUAUAAAAAAGUCCUAAUACGAAUUGUUGUUACUAUUAUUGC